ACCACAUCUAGAAAUCACUUUGACAUACGACUUGACUGAUGCAUAUUCAUAUCUACUUUUGACAGGUUAUGAUGGCUCAGAACUUUUGCAUCAUAUUAUGUCUUUUUUGUGUAUCUCAAUCGGUGAUGGCUUUUAACAUUGAUCCUUCUACCUGGAAAACGUUCACUGCACCACAGAAUGUUGCCUUUGGCUAUAAGAUUGUACAGAAAGACGCAUUUAGUCUGAUCGUGAGUGAUCCUUUAAUUCAAAUCAGUCAAGAUAAAAGAGGACAGAUUUAUAACUGUAUUGUCAAACAAGGAUCCUGCUCAUCACAGAACAUUGAUGUGCCCUCGGAAGCUGUCAACAUGUCUCUUGGACUUUCCUUGGUUAGAGAUGCAAAAUCUUCAAAGGUGGCGAUUUGUGGUCCAACCAUUCCAAAGGCAUGUGUAGCAGUUACCACGUACAAUGGAAUGUGCUUUAUCAGUGAAAACAAUGUGUAUCAACCGAUUCCAAGCUCUCUGAGAGACUGUCCUGGUCAGAUUGACAUAGCCUUUCUAUUAGAUGGGUCUGGGAGUGUAAACGAUUACAAUUUUCAAACGAUGAAGGAUUUCGUGACAAGUGUGAUCAGACGUUUUACUAAGCGGGAUGCUAAGUUUGCCAUUGCACAGUACUCCAAGGACUGUAAAAUUCAUUACAAUUUUAAUGAACUCAAAAUUCAAGGUGCAUGGGAAUAUAAGGUGACAGAUAUACAGUACCAAAGGGGACCUAGCACUUACACCGCAAAAGCCAUCAUAAAACUUGUGAAAGAUUUAUUUAAUCCGUCUGGAGGGUUAAGACCAUCAGCAAAAAAAGUCUUGGUUGUUAUUACUGAUGGAGCAUCACAUGACAGGCAAUUAUUGGACGAUGCAGCAACACAGGCAAAGGAUAAAAACAUAGUACGAUUUGCAAUUGGGGUUGGCAAUGCUUUUAAUGAUAUCAAUGCAAGAGCAGAGCUUUUUACAAUUGCUUCUGAUCCGGAUAGUGAUUAUGUGUUCAAAGUGACAAACUUUGAUGCACUGAACAAUAUUCUUCAAAAACUGGAGGAGAGCAUUAUUGCCAUUGAAGGAACCCAGACUUCAGGUGAUUCCUCUAGAAUGGAGUUUGCACAGGAUGGAUUCAGCACAGCUAUCACAUCAUAUGGCAGUGUGUUGAUGAGUGCUGUGGGAGCUUUCCAGUGGAAAGGUGGUUAUCAGGAAUAUUUUCCACAUGGCUCCUUUCAAACAGGCAGUGAGCAUGAAAGCUAUCUAGGUUAUUCGAUGGCUGUUGCAAAAGUGUCAGAGGGCAGCUAUGCUAUUCUAGGAGCCCCAAGAUACAAGCAUCAAGGACAAGUCACUGUUUCAAAACUUAAAACCUCCAGAAGGACCCAGGAUCAACUGCUGUACUCUCCCAGGCCUCAGAUUGGCUCAUAUUUUGGAGCUGAGGUUUGUGUGGUGGAUUUGAACAGUGACUCCAGAACAGACCUCCUGUUGGUAUCGGCACCAACAUACAUGGAGCCUGACCGGGAGGGUAAAGUGUUUGUUUACACCUUCACUCGACGGUUUGUUAUUUCGGAUGUGGUUCUGGAGGGAAAGGAAGGUCAGAGGGGUCGGUUUGGUUCUUCUCUUGCCAGUCCAGCAGAUCUGAAUGGUGACGGUUUCAUGGAUGUGCUGAUUGGAGCUCCUUUAGAGGAGAACGGACAGGGCAGCAUCUACAUCUUCAAUGGAGGAAAAGAUCAAAUAAAUCCCACAUAUUCACAGAGAAUUGCUGGUUUAUCUGUGCGACCAGGUUUGCGGUUCUUUGGGAUUUCAUUGAGCCAGUUCUCUCUAGACCAGACUCAAGACACCCUUCCUGAUAUUGCUGUAGGGUCCAUGGGAGAAGUUCUGCUUCUCAGGUCCAGACCCAUCAUGCUCUUGGACAUCAGCGUAUCUUACAACCCAUCCAAAAUACCAACCGCUGUAACAGAUUGCACAAAGCCAUUGAAAAACAACCUGAUGGUUUGCUUCAACAUGAGAGAAUACAACCAUCAAAUAACAGGUUUGGCUGCAAAUAUAAAUUUCACAGUAACACUAGAUGCCAAGCGACAGAAAUAUCGUGCUUAUUUCUCGGCCAAAAAACGCCUCUUCAGUGAUAAGAUGGAGAACAUUGGGUUGAAGAAGGUUUGCAAAAGUCAUGAUUUUUUUAUAGAGGCUUGUCCAGAAGAUGCUCUGAACCCGUUGUCCAAUCAGUUAAAUUUUACAUUUGAGGGUCUUCCAUCUACAGCAAUGGAAAACCUGAGACCAAUACUCCAUCCAGAGAUAAGGACCAGCACAGACCAUAGUAUAGAUUUUGAGAGAGAAUGUGGAGAUGAUAAUGUGUGCACCGAUAACAUCAGAAUGGAUUUCAAUUUCUCUGGAGCUAAAAAUAUAGAGGUUGGGAUCAUGCAGGAGAUCAAUAUGACAGUGUUUGUAGAGAACAGAGGGGAAAAUUCAUACAACACAGAGUUCAAACUUAACUACCCCUUUGGACUUUCCUACAGGAGAAUAACAUCUAAACAGGGCAGAGUGGAGUGUGUGUCUCUGGAUGGUGUGCAAGGAGGUAAACCAGGAGAAACCACCUGCUACAUCAGUAAACCCAUCCUAAAGGGCAACUCUCAGGUUGUGUUUGAGGUUACAUACAGUAUUAACAAAGAAAGUACACUGGGCCAAAAUACAACAUUUACGGCUGCGGUCAAAAGUGGAAAUGACAAACAUUCUAAAGACAGUGAGUUAUUCAGAGAAAAGACCAUUGGCGUCAAAUAUGGCAUCUCUAUUGCCAUGAUAAGGGAUGAUAAUUCCACCAUUUACAUAAAUUUUACUUCAGGGAAAAAGGAUCUUAUGAAACCAGUCCAGCAGAUAAUAAAGAUUGAAAAUGAGUUUAGAGAAUUAACUUUCAAGGUUUUCAUCAGAGUACCAGUGAAAGUUGGUGAUGCUGAUAUCUGGACUAAUUCAAGUCUGCAAAUUUCUGACUGUAAGUGGGAGAAAACGACAAAGCCUGUUAUCACCAAUUUUAUUAACAUUAUAAAAAGUGAACUUACAGUGAACUGCUCUGUGGCCGUGUGUGCCGAGUUCAGCUGUGAUGUCACUCUUAUAAAGAAUGAAAAGAUGUUCUACAAUAUUACUGGCAAUGUGAGCUCUGGAUGGAUUGAGCAGACUGGACUCAGUGCUGCUGUUUUUCAGCUGGUCAGUUCAGCAUCUAUGGAUUAUGACAAGAGCAAAUAUGUUUUAUUUCACUCUGAUUCUCAACAAACUGCACCAUCUGUUCAGAUUAAUACUCAAGUGGAGGUGUAUGAGGAGGUGAAUCUGACUAAAGUGAUCAUUGGAGGUGUAAUAGGAGGACUGGUGCUCCUGGCUCUCAUCACAGGGGUCCUCUAUAAGGCUGGGUUCUUCAAAAGCCAGUACAAGCAGAUGCUGGAGGAGGCACAGGGGGAUGCAGGAGAACAGCCAAACAUGUCACAAUAAUCUGCACUCAUUCCAUUUUAAGAUAUUAGUGUGUUUUGUGUGCUUGAGAAUGAAACAUGAAUUUAUUUGUCACCUCAGAUUGAAAUACUGUAUUUUGUCCUGACUUUGAA